AUGAACCUCGCCAAUCGAGUUGCCAUCGUCACGGGCGCCGGCAACGGACUCGGCAAGGCAUACGCGCUCCAACUGAGCAAGCUCGGCGCCAAGGUCGUUGUCAACGACACGGGUGGCAACCGCCACGGUGUCGGUGUCGCCCACAGCGCUGCGGACGCGGUCGUCGAUGAGAUUCGCUCGCUGCACGGCGAGGACGCAGCGGUUGCCAGCUAUAGCUCGGUCGAGGACGGCGGCAGCAUCGUGCAGACAGCCCUGGACGCCUAUGGUCAACUCGACAUUCUUGUCAACAACGCAGGCAUUUUGCGCGACGUGACGCUCAAGAACAUGACGGACGACGACUGGCACUCGGUGCUCAACGUGCAUCUCAACGGCACGAUGAGGUACGAUCCGUCUCGCUCGCCGAUCAUCGAUUCCAAUCGGUUGAAUCCUUCCAAAUAG